GCGUCACGGAAAUCCCACCCGCAAAGAAAACGGUUCUGUUUCCUACCAGCAAGUCUCCUCCCCUUUCCAUCCCCUUCCCCUUGGCGGUAGUCCCCUUUCCAAUCUACCUCACCAACGCGGAGAGGGAGCAUCUUCUAUAAUACUCCUCCUAAAGCAGCCCCGCCGCCUCCCGACGGAGCCGAUUCGAUUCGAUUCGAUCCCGUUGGAAUCUAGCCGGGGCGUUGCGUGGUGCUGCCGCGCGCGGGGAAGAUGCACAGGAGCAAGGGGAAGCUGUCGGGCGUCCUCAGCAAGGGCUUCAAGCCCGACAAGUGCAAGAUUGCCCUCAAGAUGGCCAUGGCGCGGAUCAAGCUGCUGCGGAACAAGAAGGAGGUGCAGGUGCGCCAGAUGCGCCGCGAGGUCGCGCAGCUGCUCGACGGCAACCAGGACCAGACGGCGCGCAUCAGGGUUGAACAUGUCAUAAGGGAAGAGAAGUUCAUGCAAGCAUAUGACUUGAUUGAAGUGUACUGCGAACUUAUAGUGGCACGCAUGUCCAUUAUUGAUUCACAGAAGACUUGCCCUAUUGAUCUGAAGGAGGCAAUAGCUAGUGUUAUAUUUGCAUCAAUGAGAUGUUCAGAUGUCACAGAACUAGCAGAUGUUCGGAAGAAUUUCACAAGCAAGUAUGGGAAAGAAUUUGCCACAUCAGCUCUUGAAGUGCGACCUGACAGUGGCGUAAACCGUCUGGUAAUCGAGAAGCUCUCAGCAGGAGCACCAGAUGUACAGACUAAAACCAAAACCUUGAGCUCAAUUGCGGCAGAGCACAACAUAAAAUGGGAGCCAAAAGCAUUUGAGGAGCAGAAGCAAAAUGAAGAUCGGAUGUAUGGAUCAACAUAUUCUGGAGGAAACAUUCCAACUUCGGGGUCACCUGCUUCUAGCGUGCCAACUCCUCAACCUGCAGCAGCUCCCUAUUCAUCUGUUCAAUCAGCCACUUCUCGUGUGCCUGCAGGACCUUCUUAUGAAUCUUCUGAAGCUCUAGCUAAUAGAAACCCACAUGGCACUGCCAACUCUAAUGCUUCCACACAGGAAAAUAGAAGGGGUUCAGAUGCUUCAGUGCCUCCUAGCUCCCAACAUGGUGCAACUACUUAUUCCUCAGCCAAUAUUCCUGGAUCUAACAACUACUCUAAUACUGGGAGUUCAAGUGUUUCUAGACCUCACUCCCAAUUUGGCUCAACAGUUCCAGACCCAAUAUCCAGGACUGAAGAGAUCAACCAGCCUAGGGAAAGGAAGUCUUCAGCUAGUGGUUCCAAUUGGAAUGUGGAAUUCAAGGAUGCAGCAUCUGCAGCCCAGGCAGCAGCAGAUUCUGCAGAGAUGGCAAGCAUUGCUGCCAGAGCUGCUGCCCAACUUGCUAGCCGUGGAAACUUCUAUGCAGACCAAGGUACUGGUGCUUAUGAAUCAGCUGCUUAUAUGAAUGACACUACACCCAGGAAGCAACAAGCUGGACAUUUGAUGAAGGAUGGUAAGAGUUUUAAUGAGCAGAGUUCAGGUAUUAAUGAUCCGAGGAUGAUCUCAAGUAAUGCAAGAAAAGAUGUAGAAAGAGCAGAAACAAACCGCGUGAGUAGCCAGAAUAUGUCAACUCCUUACUCCUCUCAGCUCCACUCGUAUGCUCCUGAAAGCCAUACUGAUAUGCAUGACAUGCCAACUGAACCACAUCAUGCUCAUUCAUCUGAGCCUCCAUAUUUUAAUGAUUCGUCUGAGCCUCCAUAUUUUGAUGAUUCAUCUGAGAAAGAAAGCAAUAUCAGAAGAGCUGAGGAUCACCAGUUUGAUUUGCAUGAGGAAAGGUUGCCAGAUGCUGGAUUUGAUUGGCACCACACCAAGGAUAUAGGAAGCAGGCAAGCUAGCUUUGAUGAAGAGAGCAGGAAUAACCACUAUAGUAAUUUUAGUGCUUCCCACGGUGGCAGGAGUGCGUCUUGGGACAACCAGAAUGAUAAAGCUGGAGCUGAUUCUUCAGCUGUUUUAUUCGAUCAAUAUGACUAUGAUGUUCAAGAAGAGAACUUGUUGGAUCAUUUCUCUUCAAAACACACUGAAGAGCUGCUAACUAUGCAGGACCACAAGGGAUUCUCAAGUGCAGAUUGGAGUCAGCAGCCUAGAAGUGAAUCUCCGGUUGAUCGUAGCACUUCAACUCUCUUUUCACAGCCAUCUUAUGAUUUAGGAGCAAACAAAGAGGAUAUUCCCCUGAAUGAUACUAGACCACCUACUUUUGAUUCAGAUGGUGUUAGUUCUGACGAGGAAACAAGUACAGACAUGCAUAUCUUAAGGACCCAUUCAAGAGGAUCUGAUUACUCUGAGAACAAAAUGUUCAAUAAGAAUUCUGGAAAGUUUGUUCCUGCUGUUAUUGAAGAUCAUGAAUCUAGGCCCAGCAAGCACUACCAGAAUCCACCAGGUUCUGAUGUAUUCCGCAAGGAGCAAAACAGUGAUGGUUCACCUAGAUAUGACUAUUCGGGGGCACGGGGGAACUUGGGUCGUGUGCAAAGCAGAGAUUAUGAUCUUUCAGAAGAAGAAACAGAACCACAUAGAUUGGAAGGUACAUCCUCAGGGAUAACAGGAGCAAAUGAGAAUCGGCCCUCGCCUUUCCGCAUGCAAACUUCAGCGACAUCUGAUGACAGCGAUGACGGUGAUCUUGGCCUGAAUUAUGGAAGGUUAACUCCUGGACUAAGAAACAAACUCAGGCAACGUCCACAAUACAAAAUUUCUGGGGAUAACUUGCUGCGAAAACAGUCCUUAGAAGGAGCUUCUGCCAGCAUUGAAGAAUCGGUGCAUUUCAAAGAGAAUGACACGUCAUCUGAACAGACGGGUGAUACUCCUAAAGGUUCACGCACAACCAAGAAUUCUUUUGGUGCAAAUUACCACAGUGAACAUCUCGAUGGGAGACAUACUGUUGGCAAACCUGUGGAAUCAAGAUCAUCCAUGACGAGGAAUGACUUCUAUUCAGGUGAUACAGGGAAGUUAUCUGAACGAUCUGGUAGUCCAAUUUCUAGCCCAACCAAGACUUCUGUUAGGGAAAAUUCUAUUCAAGAGCCACAUCUUGAAAGACCGGGUAGUGGGGUGCGCAGGGAAAGUAGAUCAAGAACUGCCAGAACUUUCUUUGAUUCAGAUGAGAGCGAAGAAGAAUUGGAAGGACGCCGGUCUGGCCGGACAAAGUUGUCUAAAGAGCAGAUACAAUCACGGAGGACCCGGGAGGUAGCACCCGAUACAAAGAGAGAUGGCCGAGCCCGGGCUGGAGCACAGUAUGCUGUUGAAACUGAAAGCACGCCAAAAAGCCCUGCUAAAGCAUUCUCCAACUCGAGUACUGAACAAAGAAAAGCAGCACCUCCAUACUUCAGGGUUUCAGUACAGCAAUCUUCGCCAAAUCCUGUGCACAUUGAACCUCCCGCAGCUAGAGGCAAGUGGCAAGAAGAUGAACCGGAGGGAAGUUCUUCUCCAGAAAACGAGGGAAACAAAGAGACCUCAGCAGAGACCCUGAAAGUAAGCACCCCAACAGCUGGUCCUGCCCAUGUUCACCCCAAGCUUCCAACAGACUAUGAUUCUUUUGCUGCACAUUUUAAGUCGCUCCGAACCAAUCGCCGUUAGGGUUACACAUACAUGUAUACGGUUUGAGAAACUUCUGUUGAGAUGUGUACAGUAUAGAAACACAAUGGUUGGAGAGCUUUUCAAAAAAGAAAAAAAACACAAUGGUUGGAGAGACUUGUUGUGCCCUGGGUAUUUUUUUGUAAGGACACCAAUUCUUUCAUUCUCUUUUGGCCUCAGAUAUACAGUCUUUGAUAGGUUAUGUCUUCCUUAUACUGUUGUAAUAAUCACAUUAUGCGCACAGAUGUACAGAACUUGGGGUUUCGUUCAAUUUGUUUGUUUGACUCCA